UCCGUAUUUAUACCCCUCUCGAUCCUUCUCGUCCCAAUUCCCUCCCAUCCCUCUUUUCGAAAUCUGAGAGAGAGAGAGAGAGAGAGAUUUAGAGAGAUUGCGAGAGAGAGAGAGAGGGAGAGCAAUGGAGAGACCAGAGAUAGAGAUGGAGGAGAUGGAGGAGGUGGAGGGGUGGGAGACGCCGAAGAGGGCGGAGUGCCGGAUCCCGGCGGUGCUCCCCUGCCCGCCGCCGCCGGCGAGGAAGAGGGCGUCGGCGGUGGGGGUGGGGCGGCGGAGGGAUCCGCCGAAGAACGGAUACUUCCACCCGCCGGAUCUCGAGGCGCUCUUCGCUGCGGCGCCGCCGCGGAGAGAGGCGUGCGCUUGAUCCGCUCCACCACCACCACCGCGAAAACCGGCGCAUACUCAUGUACGUAUAUACACACGGUGAGAACCUUCCUUGUAGAUGUAUAGAAGUACUUCAUGCUGUUGUAGGAUUACGAACACGGAUGAUUAGGGAUCAGAUAGAUUAGUUAAGGGUUUUUUUUAGGGUUUUGGGGCGACCGGGGGGGAGCACUUAACUACCACCGCUCUAUCUCUUUUGGCCUAACUCAUGUAAUAUCUCAAUCUUUGACGCAAAUGGGGAAUGCCGUGUUAAUUGGUAGCUUUGUUUUUAUUCCCUUGUUUGAUUUUUUUUAUUAUUUUCUGUUGAAUCUCGUUUCCGGUGGCUACACAUCCUUGUUUUUUUUUUUUUUUUUUUAGAAAAAAAAAAUAAAAUCAAGUUUAAACCGAGUAAUGGGAGAAGGAACCUCUUGUUGUUUUCAAACUAAGCGAAGCACUCGAUUAUUUGCUUUGGAAUGGGGGGGGGGUGUGUGUGAGAAAGAGGUUGAUUCCAUUUCCGUCGUUAUCGUGACGUCAGCAAUACGCUCAUCAAGCAGAGGAAUCGCGCUGCUUCUACUCGAACUUUAAUGUAUUUAUAUUUAUUUAUGUAAAAUUUUUAAAUUAUGCGUGUACUUGAAAAAGCAACGCACGAGGCAACAGUAGUUUUUUAGUAUACUUUUUGCCAAUCAAAUGUUGCGUAUUAGAAUGUACAUCAAUUGCAUCUCAGCACAUUAAUGAUUUUUCGAAUCUCAUUUCGAGUG